UAAAAAUAAAGAAAGAAAGGGCUGGGGAUAUAAUUCAGUGCUAAAGUACACCUUGGUUCAACUCUCAGUAUCAUCCAAAAAAAAAAAAAAAGAAAGAAAAAGAAGAAAAAAGGAAAGAAAAAGAAGGAGGAGGAGAAGAGCCAUUUUUCUUGUUUAUAAUUCAAACUUAUAGAAAAAUCAUCUCCCAUCCUUUAUAAGGUCUUCCUUAAAUUAACUGAAAUAUGUGCUACAGAGAGUGGCUCAGAGAGUCCUGCCCUCCCCAGCCCUGGACCCUCUGCCUUCUACUGGAAACUAACAGAAGGCCAGCAAAGGGGUACAGACCACAAGUGAUAAGAGAGUGAACUCUCCAGAGCCCAUGGACUGGUCAGCAAGGAUUUGGGGACUUCCAGGCAGAGGGAGGGCAGAAGUUCAUCUGUCAGUCACUAGUUUUUCUGUCAUUUUGCAUUUUCAGACAAGUAGCAGGCUGGUUCUCAUUCUUAGAGAAUAGCAUUCAAGAAAGAAUGCUGCCCAGGGGCUGGGGAUGUGGCUCAAGUGGUAGCGCCUUGCCUAGCAUGCAUGAGGCAUGGAUUCGAUUCUCAGCACCACAUAAAAAUAAAAUAGAUAUUGUGUCCACCUAAAAAACUAAAAUAUAUAAAAAAAAGAAUGCUGCCCAAACCAGGAAUAAACUUGUUUCCUGGAAAGUGGGCUCUGAUUCCUCUGCACCUCAAUUUCCUUGUUUGUAAAAUGAGAGAUUGCCCCAGUAGAGCCUCAUACAAUAUAAAUACUCAAGGAAGAAGAGGGGAAAAAAGCAUAUGGGUGCACUGAGAUUUAAUCCAGUUCCAUGAAUCAAAUAUUUACUGAGCCCCAACUGAGCCCCAACCAAGUGUUUGACACAUGGCUCCACCACGGAAGCAGGGGACAUCUCAGCAUCAGAGAUUUCAAACCCAGACACCAAGCGAGUCGGAAUGUGGCUGUUGCUCUAGCAGAGGCACACAUGAGGAAGAGAUCCUGGUGGAGGGGAUCAGGGGAGGCUAUCCAGAGGCAGAGGUGAGAACACACAUGUGUACCACCCCCUUUUCAGCUUCAGUGGGCAGGAAAAUGCACAAACCCACUACCCACCCCCGACCCAAUCUGCCCAUCAGGCUCUAAAAUACUCACAGGAAUUUUCUUCCCCACAAGAAAGCAGACAUUUCCCAGCCUCUGCACUUACCCUGUCCCAGCACCAAGGAGGAAAGGGAAGUAGCCGGUUCUCCUGCAGAGCCUGGACACCAGCAGAUAAAGGAGCAGGAGCAGCUCAGGAAAGUGACCUCUGAGCCCAGUCUCCUCACUCUCAGGAGGGCAGCUGCAGGAACUGUGACUUCCAGCUGCCUCAGGAGCCUCCAGAGACCUCCCAGAUACCCACCUUUUCCUAGAUGCUGGACUUGGGGGGAUCAGGUAGAAUCUCUGAUGAUGAACAAGAGCGUCUAGAGCUAAUUCUCUCUCUCUCUCUCUCUCUCUCUCUCUCUCUCUCUCUCUCACACACACACACACACACACACACACACACACCCUGGCUGAUUUUACAGUCAAUCUUUCAAAGUGCAAUUUGUCUAGCAAAAGCCAAUGUGAGGCCCGUGUUGCCUCCACCAAUGGCGGCACAGCUCUCACAGCUCAGCCAGUCUCCAGUCUGUAUUCUAAUGGGCCAUAUCUUUAUCAGGGAAAUGUCCCUUCUCUGAACUUAAAACUUCUCAUGGAGGGUCCCCAGACUCGGAGGCUGAGGAGGGGGCUGUGCUGAGCUGUGAGGAGCACCCUGCUCCCACAGGACGGGCCCAGAGGAAAGGUGCGUGGGGAAGCCCCCACCUGCCCUGGUGGCACCUGACUUCCGAGCAGCUGACGUGGGUGCCAGUCCCCGGUGAAGGGCUGGACCAGAUGCUGUAGGUGGGGGGCAGUCAGAGGCUUGGGGCUGCUUCUGACUCUCCACACCUGCCAUGAGAUUCUGGGCCCGGAUCUGGGGUCUCUGGCUUUAGGGGCCUGGACUUGGGCUUGUCACUCUCCCGCUGCUUGAGACCAUGGAGUCCAACCUGCAGGGGACGUUCCUGUUGAACAACACGCCCUUGGCGCAGUUCUCCGAGAUGAAGGCCCCCGUGUGCCAGUACUCCAUGCAGAACUCCUUCUACAAGCUCAGCCCUCCAGGGCUGGGCCCCCAGCUGGCCGCCGGGACCCCCCACGGGAUCACAGACAUCCUGAGCAGGCCUGUGGCCACGCCGAACAGCAGCCUCCUCUCCGGCUACCCCCACGUGGCAGGCUUCAGUGGACUGGGCUCCCAGGGGGUCUACUAUGGCCCCCAGGUGGGGAAUUUUUCCAAGGCUGGGAACGAGUACCCUACCCGGACCCGGAACUGCUGGGCGGACACAGGACAGGACUGGCGAGGCGGGCGGCAGUGCAGCAACACCCCAGACCCUCUGAGUGACAGCAUCCACAAGAAAAAGCACACCCGGCCCACAUUCACAGGGCACCAAAUCUUUGCCCUGGAGAAAACCUUCGAGCAGACCAAGUACUUGGCUGGUCCUGAGAGAGCAAGGCUGGCAUACUCACUGGGCAUGACCGAGUCGCAGGUCAAGGUGUGGUUCCAGAACCGGAGGACCAAGUGGAGGAAGAAGAGUGCGCUGGAGCCCUCGUCCUCCACGCCGCGGGCCCCGAAGGGUGCCGGCGCGGGCGGGGACCGCGCGACCUCGGAGAACGAGGACGACGAGUACAACAAGCCGCUGGACCCCGACUCCGACGACGAGAAGAUUCGGCUGCUGCUCCGCAAGCACCGCGCCGCCUUCUCGGUGCUCAGCCUGGGCGCGCACAGCGUCUGACGCCCGCCGGCCCCAGCCCCUCCGCCAGCCGCCCCCCGCCGCGCACCAGGUCCCGGGAAGCCCGUGGGCCACCAGGCCAGGGCCAGCCUCCCCUUCCCCACGUGCCUGGGGAACAGGAGGCAGAGGGGGAUGGAAGAGAAGGGAAGGAAGAGGAGGAGGAAGGGAGGAGAAGAAAGAGAAGGGGGGAAGAAGGGAGGAAGAAGAGGAGAAAGGUAGAAGGAGGGGAGGAAGAGGAGUCAGGGGCAAUGGCCAGUCCAGCUGAGGGAGGAGGGAGACGCACACCUCUAAACACCUGCAAACCUCUCCGCCGACUUGCACCUUUUCCAAUUCUGCAGAUUUUUAAUGGCACAGGGAUAUUAAAAUGACCAGGCUCUACAGCCCAGGAAUGCCACUGUGAUUCAGCUUUGGGGGUCCUUUCCCCAAGGAGGAGCUGGCUGAGGAGUGAGGAGACCAGAAUACUGGGUCCAGGUCAACUGCUGGCUGACCGCAGAAGAAUAUAUGGAGUUGGCAUAUCUGGGUACAAUUCUCAGACCUUUGUACAGGAAAGACCCACUUGAGAGGCCCAAGCCAAUCCUAAGGGAGAGGAAGUAGGUCCUGCAACGAAUAAACACACCCCUGACACCCAAACUCAAGGAUCCCUCACCUAAGUGGCAGGGAUCUUUCUGGCCUCUUGUCUCCACUUUUCUCUCAAGUUAGAUCUUGGACACUGACCCUGGCUGGGAAAGAGGAGGUUGCAAGCGGAGGCUGAGAGCAGAUGGGAAAAUCCUAGUGCAAAGCUGCACCUGAGAGCCACCCGUCAUUCACACUGCCCAAGGUCAGGGCCAUCUCAGCAGAAGAGGAGAGGAAGGGCUGGAAAGGACUUCAGAAACCCUGCUCCUCCAAAAGGGGUACACAGGCAGGGAGAGGGAGAGCCUCCAAGGCAGGGAAAGGUGCUGGGAGGGGCUGAGCCAACAGCAUGCUGGGAAUCCCCUGCUUUGCCAUUCCUGGGAUCACCCUGUAGCCUGGUCCUGGAGCUGCAGCCACCAGAGGGCACUGGCUUACAGGGUGGUGUUUUUCCACCCCAGGUGAUGUUGAACUACUUACUGGCAGGCAGGAGAGGGUGGGCUGAGGGAGGCUGGUAGGGCUGGCCAUGGAGGAGUGCAGCCCAGAAGGGACCAAGAGUUUGCCCAUUCUCACUGGCUUAAAAAAAAAAAAAAUGAAAAGAGUAUAAAUAAA